UUUUUUUUCUUUUCCGGAUUUUUGUUACGCGACCAUGUGAUCAAUAGCUUCUGCGUUUUGGGUUCAUACUUUAUUUGAUGGGUUUUUGCUCUGUUUUUGUGUAGAUGUCUGUUUUUAUUUUUGUUGAAUAUAAAAAAACCUGUUCAUCUUCACCCGUUUGAUUUGUUGGUUUAGUCUUAUUUAAGGUUUGAAUUGUUGACUUUUUCUGCAUAACUUUUUUUACUUUUCUUGCAGCUGUUAAGGGUGUCUGAUUUUCCAAGCUGCUGCUGUAAUGGCGGAACGUGCGCUGACCCGCGUCCAGAGCUUACGAGAGAGGCUGGACGAAACCCUCUUUACUCACCGCAAUGAGAUUCUGGCCCUUCUUUCAAGGAUUGAGAGCAAGGGGAAAGGGUUUCUGCAACCCCAUCAGCUUCAUGCCGAGUUCGAAGCGAUUCCUGAAAAUAACAGGCAGAAGCUGUUGGACGGGGCUUUUGGUGAAGUUUUGAAGCACACCCAGGAGGCUGUUGUGCUGCCCCCAUGGGUGGCUUUUGCUGUGCGCCCAAGGCCUGGUGUUUGGGAGUACAUUCGUGUGAAUGUCCAUGCUCUCGUUCUCGAGGAGUUGCGUGUGGCUGAGUACUUGCAAUUCAAGGAGGAACUUGUUGAUGGGAGUUCCAAUGGCAACUUCGUGCUUGAGUUGGACUUUCAGCCGUUCCAUGCAUCUUUCCCCCGCCCAACUCUUUCCAAGUCCAUUGGAAAAGGCGUUGAGUUCCUCAAUCGUCACCUUUCUGCUAAGCUCUUCCAUGACAAGGAGAGCCUGCACCCUUUGCUCGAGUUUCUCCGAGUUCACUGCUAUGAGGGCAGGAAUAUGAUGCUGAAUAACAGAAUUAAGAAUGUGAAUGAGCUGGAACGUGUUCUGAGGAAGGCAGAGGAUUUCCUCUCUUCAGUUGUCCCCGGAACUCCAUACAAGGAGUUCGAGCCCAAGAUGCAAGUCAUCGGUUUGGAGAGGGGUUGGGGUGACACUGCUGAGCGUGUGCUUGAGAUGAUCCAACUUCUGUUGGACCUUAUUGAGGCACCCGAUCCUUUUACUCUUGAGAAAUUUCUUGGCCAGAUCCCCAUGGUCUUCAAUGUUGUGAUCCUUUCGCCCCACGGAUAUUUUGCCCAAGACCAUGUCUUGGGGUUCCCUGACACUGGUGGCCAGGUUGUCUAUAUCUUGGAUCAAGUUCGUGCUUUGGAGUCUGAGAUGCUUAAGCGCAUUAAGCAGCAAGGACUCGAUAUCACUCCCCGCAUUAUCAUUCUCACAAGGCUUCUUCCUGAUGCUGUUGGAACCACAUGUGGUGAUCGUCUUGAGAAAGUUUACGGGUGUGAGCAUUCAGAUAUUCUUCGUGUUCCUUUCAGAGAUGAGAAGGGUGCCAUUGUCCGCAGAUGGAUUUCAAGAUUCGAAGUCUGGCCCUACCUACAGACAUAUGCUGAGGAUGCGAUCAAGGAACUUUCCAAGGAAAUGCAGGGCAAGCCUGAUCUCAUCAUUGGAAACUACAGUGAUGGCAAUAUUGUGGCCUCACUGAUGGCACACAAAUUGGGUGUUACACAGUGCACCAUUGCCCAUGCUCUCGAGAAGUCAAAAUACCCUGAUUCUGACCUUUACUGGAAGAAAUUGGAUGAGAAUUAUCACUUCUCAUGCCAAUUUACAGCUGAUCUUAUCGCCAUGAACCACACUGAUUUCAUCAUCACCAGUACCUUCCAAGAGAUUGCUGGAAGCAAAGACACUGUUGGUCAGUAUGAGAGCCACACUGCCUUCACCCUUCCUGGGCUCUACCGUGUCGUUCAUGGUAUUGAUGUCUUCGAUCCCAAGUUCAACAUUGUUUCACCAGGAGCUGACAAGGAUGUCUACUUCCCUUACUCUGAGAAAGAAAAGAGGUUGACCCACUUCCACCCUGAAAUUGAAGAGCUCCUUUACGGCCAAGUCGAAAAUAUCGAACAAUUAUGUGUGUUGAAGGACAGGAACAAGCCAAUCAUCUUCACAAUGGCAAGGCUGGACCGGGUGAAGAACAUCACUGGGCUUGUCGAGUGGUAUGGUAAGAAUGCCAAGCUUAGAGAGUUGGUUAACCUUCUUGUGGUUGCUGGUGAUCGCCGCAACGAGUCCAAGGACAAUGAGGAGAAGGCUGAGUUAAAGAAGAUGUACGAGCUGAUUGACACCUACAAGCUGAACGGGCAGUUAAGAUGGAUCUCAUCCCAGAUGAACCGUGUGAGGAAUGGUGAACUCUACCGCUACAUUUGUGACACCAGGGGAGCCUUUGUGCAGCCUGCUGUGUAUGAAGCUUUCGGCUUGACAGUCAUUGAGGCCAUGACUUGUGGACUGCCCACAUUUGCCACUUGCAAGGGUGGCCCGGCUGAGAUUAUUGUGAAUGGAAUAUCGGGCUACCACAUUGAUCCAUACCACGGCGAUCAGGCUGCUGAGAUCCUUGUUGAUUUCUUUGAGAAGAGCAAGGCUGAUCCUAGCCACUGGGACAAGAUUUCUCAAGGCGGCUUGCAGCGCAUUUACGAAAAGUACACAUGGCAAAUCUACUCUGAGAGGCUCUUGACACUCACUGGAGUCUAUGGCUUCUGGAAAGAUGUUUCGAACCUUGAUCGCCUGGAGUGCCGCCGCUAUCUGGAGAUGUUUUACGCCCUCAAGUUCCGCAAGCUGGCGGCGUCUGUUCCUCUAGCUGUGGAGUGAAGAGAAAGUUUUCCUUAUAGAGUAAAUAAAGAGGCGGAAGCAUUGGUUGUUUACUGUGGAGUUUUUUCCUCCUCAGGAUGAGGAUUUUGUAUAUAUUUUGAUUUACCAAAGGAAUUUUAAUGUUUCUUUUAUUUUGUUAUUUGUAAUUUUCGAUUCCCAAUGGAAAUGAAGUCAUUUUAAUGUUUUUUUUU